UGAGACAAGCCCCUCCUUCGGAAUCUUACUUAUAUACUCACCCACCCUCAAAGUUCAGUUCAGUGCCAUUCUAAAACCAACGCAAAUAAACCUUUUUCUGGGUGUCCACGGCUUUUAAAUGAAUGAGAAAUCUCUGAAACUAUAACAAUGGAUGUAGCUCAGUUGAAGAGGCAGUUAUUUGCGUACACCGCUCUACUAUUUCAUGAGGGAUUUCUGGAUGAGCAGUUCACUCAGCUUCAGCAACUGCAAGAUGAGAACAACCCGGACUUUGUUGUGGAGGUGGUGUCACUGUUCUUUGAUGACUCUGAGAGGCUUCUCAAUGAGCUGGCCAAAGCACUAGAUCAGCAGAAUAUUGAUUUCAAGAAGGUGGAUGCUCAUGUGCAUCAGCUGAAAGGCAGCAGCUCCAGCAUCGGUGCGCAGAGAGUUCAAAGAGUCUGCAUUGCCUUCCGCAACUACUGCCAGGACAAGAAUGUCGAAGGGUGCCUGAAAUGUCUGCAACAAGUGAAGCAUGAGUUUUCCCUGGUUAAGAAUAAGCUUGAGACCCUGUUCAAUCUGGAGAAGCAGAUUUUGGCAGCUGGUGGGUCACCUCCUACGUAAUGAAGUGCGAAUGGAUUUAGCAAAUUUUACAAGAAUGAAGAAAUGUGACUAUGAGUCCAUUAUUUUUUGCUCUUAUUCGAGGAGUAACGGUCCUUUAUUUGUUUUCCCUCAUAACCCAUUUUCAGCAAGAACUUGGGUGGUUGCAUCAGCUUUCGAUCUUCGCUUGUGGCAAUAUCCAAAUCUAUGAGUAAUCAGAAAAGAACAACGUGAAUAAACUCUGCAUUGCUCUUAUCAGACUUGCGCUUUGUCUAUGUAUUGUUUUAGCAAUAAAAUUGACCGCAUCUUGUUUCCUA